AUCCGAUUGUGUCAUUAUCCGUCCGCCUCGUCGUAAUCGUAAAAGUUGGAGGAAAGUUAUUCGAUCCUCCCUUUCGCGUUCGGUUGUUUUCUGGUGAUUUUCGCUGCAACAAUGGAUUAGUUUUGUGCAAAAAGUGCUGCAAACAGUUCUGCGAACAUUGCUGACACCGAGAACGUAAACUCACUCGGAACAACGAUAGCAAUUUAUUAUCCGAGAGGCAUAGCACAACGUAUAAGCAGCCAAAAUGAUUGGCGGACUGUUCGUUUACAACCAUAAGGGCGAGGUGUUGAUCUCCCGCGUUUAUCGGGAUGACAUUGGGCGGAAUGCCGUUGAUGCCUUCCGGGUGAAUGUGAUCCAUGCGCGGCAGCAGGUUCGCUCGCCGGUGACCAACAUCGCUAGGACCAGUUUCUUCCACAUUAAGCGUGCGAAUAUUUGGCUGGCUGCAGUUACAAAACAAAACGUGAACGCUGCCAUGGUAUUUGAGUUUCUGCUGAAAAUCAUAGAUGUGAUGCAGUCGUACUUUGGAAAGAUAUCUGAGGAGAACAUCAAGAAUAAUUUCGUACUGAUUUACGAGUUACUAGAUGAAAUCCUGGACUUUGGUUAUCCACAAAACUCGGAUACCGGUGUGCUCAAGACGUUCAUCACACAGCAAGGUAUCAAGACGGCCACCAAAGAGGAACAGGCCCAGAUCACAUCACAGGUAACGGGCCAAAUCGGCUGGCGUCGCGAGGGCAUCAAGUAUCGUCGAAACGAACUGUUCCUCGAUGUGCUUGAGUACGUCAAUCUGCUAAUGAGUCCCCAGGGUCAGGUUCUAUCGGCUCACGUUGCCGGCAAGGUUGUUAUGAAGUCAUACCUCUCCGGCAUGCCUGAAUGUAAAUUCGGCAUUAAUGACAAGAUCGUAAUGGAAGCGAAGGGUCGCAGCGGCAUCUCCGGAAAUGCGGACAACGAAGCAUCUCGUUCGGGCAAGCCCGUUGUUGUGAUCGACGACUGUCAGUUCCACCAGUGCGUCAAGUUGAGUAAGUUCGAGACGGAACAUUCGAUCAGCUUCAUUCCACCGGAUGGUGAAUUUGAGCUGAUGCGCUACCGCACGACCAAGGACAUUUCGUUGCCAUUCCGAGUGAUUCCGCUGGUGCGAGAAGUGGGCCGCACGAAAAUGGAAGUCAAGGUGGUGCUCAAGUCUAACUUCAAACCAUCGCUGCUCGGGCAGAAGAUCGAGGUGAAAAUUCCCACACCGCUCAACACGUCCGGCGUUCAGCUAAUCUGUCUGAAGGGCAAGGCCAAGUACAAGGCGUCCGAGAAUGCCAUUGUGUGGAAGAUCAAACGCAUGGCUGGAAUGAAGGAAACACAGCUUUCGGCUGAAAUUGAACUGCUGGAAACCGACACGAAGAAGAAGUGGACCCGACCUCCGAUCUCAAUGAACUUUGAGGUUCCGUUUGCACCAUCAGGGUUUAAGGUUCGCUAUCUGAAAGUAUUCGAGUCCAAACUGAACUACUCGGACCAUGAUGUGAUCAAAUGGGUGCGCUACAUCGGCCGCAGCGGGCUCUACGAAACGCGGUGUUAAUGCUCCACACUGUUUGCACUAGUAGCUCUUUUUACUCUCGAUAAUCGUGGACGAUGGCACACUACAAGCAUAAUUAUUGUGUUGAAUGCACGCGCAGGACAAAAGUGUGUGGGUGUUGAGCUCGUGCGUGGCGGCAAUCGAAAUAUCGCUCGGUCUUGUUAAUAUUGUGAAAUUGAUUUCGGUUCAACGACACGAAAUAGUGUUUGCUGCGAAGGUCGCACUGCUCACCCCACAUGCGUAAAUUAUACAAAGAAUUUUUCAAUGAACGUGGAGAAAAUAACCGUGGAACUACUAUUACUGAAGCACUACUAUUGGACAUAAUUAAGAGUUAUCAAAGUAUGCUUAGACUAGCAAUCAGCAAAAAACUCCUUAUUCUCGUUAUUAUAAUUAAACAAACACUAUAUUAUAUGAACAAGUAUAAAAAUGGUAACAAUAAUAUUAUAGGAAUAGAUCGCCCUAAGACCAAUUUGAUUUAUUUAGAGGAUUAGUCCACUGAUCAGCAGGUUGACGGUAGUUUAUUGUAGAAGAAAUUGCAGUAAUAUUGAAUGAAAAUUCGAUACAAUUUUCACCCUACUAAGAGAUGUUAUGCUUUGUUAUUCUGAAUGUAGCUAUCGUGAUGUGCUCCCAUUCAUGUAAGCAAGAAACAGUGUCUAACUUCCAACUAGCUAGGCGCUGUGACAUGUUGAUUGGAAUUAGAGCACAUCCCGGUACAAUUAUCAAGAAUCUCAGACUUAGUUUCUGCGCUUCUUUCAUUUCGUCCUUGAUGUAAAUACUUGUUUUGCUCGUUUCGAAGCUUCCCAUAUGAUUUGCUCCUUCAAGAUAAAUCCAUUCCAUUAGUUUGAUUAUAACUUAAACCUUUCAUGGAGAAUUGUCUUCUCUCGUUACCGAAAGUCGAAACCAGUAGAAGAAACUAGUUAUAUGAUAAGAUUCGAAUCGAACAUAAGGUGUAUGUGUACAAAAGUGCAAAAAUCACAGAUCCCAUACAUAGUACAUGUUCAAAACGGAAGAAUACGCAGAAGAAGAAGCAUCAUAAUCAUAAUCACGAAUAAACUAAAACAUAAAAUAAAAUAUUACAAAAAAAAACUUUGCUGUAGUCACUGGCCAUAAAUAAAAACCAUCAAUACGUUUUAACGAAAUGUUCAAUUCUGUCUUAGAGUUUACAAAUGUAACAUUCUUUUGUUGCAGGUGAAAUUAUUGAUUUACCAACAAGUGGAGUUAUUAGAAAUUAGCAUUAAUGAUAAUUAUGUUGAUUUUCUAGCUACUACAAUCUUUACAGAACAAUGAACAACAAUUGACGCAAUCAUCUGAAACAGUUUAGUUUUUCAAACGAAAAGAGUGGGUUCAUGAUAUUAUUGUUUCUUAGUACGAUCCAAUCUGUGUAUUUAAAUAACUAUCAUCAUCAUCCGUACGCUUUUAUUCGUAACUCACGAUAGCCUGAAUUUGUGUCGCUAUUUUUGUGUUUCAGCGGCCAUUUCUUCGGAUUUACUGGCAAGAGUGGAGAACCUUAACUCGGAACCAAACGAUUAUAUUAGUAAUUAGCCAAACGGAAAUUCUCGCUAUUGCAAAAAAAACUAGAAUGAGAUAACAUAAUGCUUAGAUCGGUUACAAUGCGAUGAGAAGAAUUACUGCAGAGGAAACAAAAUUCGAAGCAUGGUUCUCCCACAGAAAAUACAACACAGCUAUUCACACGAUAUGCAAAAUACCAAGAUCGUAAAAAAAACUACUGAAUGCUAUUCCCUUAUAUAAAGAGACAUGAGAAACUGACAUAUUAAUAUAAAAUGGAAUAAACUCAUGAACAUAGUUGUUGAAAAUAGGAA